AUGAUGAGCACAACGAGUAGCACUACAAUUGCAACAAUGGCGGCUCCGUUGCCGUUCACCAAGUCCAAGAUUCAGAGAAGCAGAAGAAUUGCGACGAUGGUAAGGUGCGACGUGGAAGGAGAUUCAUCUUCAGAUUCAUCACUGAAGAUUGGAGCGCGUGUUAGGGUAAAAGUUCCUCUGAAAGUGUAUCAUGUUCCUAAAGUUCCAGAGGUUGAUCUCAGCGGCAGGGAAGGUAACAUCAAGCAGAACGUGUCUAUCUGGAAAGAUAAGAGAAUCUCUGCUAAUUUUCCUUAUAAGGUUGAGUUUAUUGCUGAAGAUAUCCAAGGUCCUCGUGGUCCUCUCAAGUUCGUUGCUCACCUCAAGGAUGAUGAAUUCGAAUUACUCUCUGAGUAA